AUGGCAGACGGUUACCGUAAUCUUAAAAUUGAUGAUGAUGAAGCAAAUUACGAAGAGGAGGAUGCAUUAAAAUGGAGGCAGCAAAAAACCGAAAAAGGAACAGACGAAUUUAUAGAUCGUUCUGAAGGAAAGCGAAUGCCUGACGAGGUUUGGCUGAUUCCUCCGCAUCUUAGUAUGGUUGAUAUUCUUGGAGAAAAAAGGAUAAAUUUACAACGUAUUGAAGGAUCAACUAAUACACAUAUGAUUUAUAAUGAACAAGAAGCUCAAAUUGAAAUGUGGGGUUCGCGUAAAGAAAUUGAACAAGCCAUCAAACAGUGGAAUGCACUUGCUGAUAGCGUGUUAGAGAGACAAGAUAAAAUACGUAAGAAACAAAAAUCCAAGGGCUGGGGAAAACCUGAAAAGUAUCUUAAUGAAAAACAAAAGCAAAAGAUUGAGCGUAGAAAAGCUCGGGAAGAUGUAGAAAAAAAUUACAAGGGUUAUCCACCUGAAGACAAACCCUUCAAUGGGCUUUUUGUUCUUCCCAUUUCCGACAUCCCUGUUGCGCGAAUUUUUGGGGAACAAGAACAGAUCUUGGAUCCUUUACGUAUUGAUACCAAAUGUUUUAUAUGGUUCGAACCAAGCGCUAAUUAUAUAAAAGUUGUUGGCGAUUCUUAUGGAACUGUUGAGGAAGCAACAACGCGAGUCAAGAACUUGUAUAUUAAAGUGCUUGCGUCUAGACAAAUUCCUCACAUCAUUGAAAAUAAACAGAGCAUUUACAAAGGUUGGGUACAUCAUUUGAUGGAUCCACCACAUGGAAAUUAUAAAAUUAAAAUAGCGAAACCCGCAGCUUGGUUCAUGUUACCAUAUGAUAUUACUGGUGAAGUUAGACUUCUCGAACCAGUUUACCAAGGGGAAAUAAUUUCAAUUGUCGGUAAGGAAGGAGCUUUAAGGGAAUUAAAUUCAAACUCGGAUUUUGGUAUUUCAGAAACUAUCCGUGAGUCAAAUGUCAAAACGAUCGAGACCGCUCUUUUUAAAGCUUUGAAUACCAUCUAUUUAUUUGAUGAAGAAGCUAAAAUGCGUAUUAGGUUUGGGCAUGUAUGUCUAACAGAUUUUCCUAAGGAAGAAUUAUGGCCUAUUGAAAAAUUUAAUAAUAAGGUCUUGAAUGAUUCUCGAUUACAAUCCAAAUUUGCUACGGGUAUUACCAAUCAUCGUAAUGCGCUCAAUCCUUUACUUGAAUUACUUUCAAACGGCAACAGUAAAAAGUCUGGCCCUAAGCAAGAUGAUCAAGAAUAUUAUGAUCAAGAAUUAGAAGAUCAAGAGGAUGAAGAGAGCAAAUUGGAUUAUCAUGAACUUUUUGCUACUGGCGAAAAAAAACCUCCUAAACGAAAAUAUAAGUAUAAUCCAGAAUGGGAAGGUUCGCCAUUUCGAGAAUUUAAGAUUCGUGCAUUGCGUUCAUCCAAUCAAUCCGACCAAAAAAAGGAUAACCCUGGGCCCUGGCCAUGUACGUUUGAAGUUCAAUUUAAGAAAGAUGGGAAAAUUGGAUUAUGGAACGCCACCGUUGAUGAAAAAAACGUAUUAGACAUUAACAUGUCAUGUUUAGAUAAUGAAUAUUCGUGGAAGCUUAAUAUCAAAACAGCAAAGCGUCUUUCUAAUGAUAAGUUUAGUGCUCAAGGAAAUUUUGUUUAUAAAUUGCGAGUUUGUCCUCAAAAUCGUUUGGUUUAUUCAAACACUGACGAAAUAACUGUUGUUUCAGUAUGUGAAAAAACCAAAUGGAAAUAUUGGUGGGAUAAAAAUACCGUAAUAGAAGUCACUAGAUAUGAAUUUUGGAAAUUAUCAAAGACCAUGGAUAAUCGUCCAGGUAUUGAAGUUUCUUUGGUUCGAGAAUCUGCACCUAACGUUAGUUAUGGGAUAUCAUUUUACAAAAAGUCUUGGGAUGAUCAUUUUGCUUUUAACAAUAAUUUGAAUGUUGGCGAAGAACCUGAAUGGCAUCCUGAUGAUAUUAUAGAAGGAGGUGUUGAAACUUUAAUGGAUGAAAUUCGGAAUUUUUUGGAAGCUCUUCAAAAUAAACUUCCAAAUAAUGAAUGA